UGUAGUUUCAGUUUGUAUUUCGCGGGUGGUUCGUGUGUGCGCUCCGUUGUCGGUGUUUGGAAUUGAAUGUUUUUGAAACGGCGAUCGGGCGUUGUGCUCGCCGGUAUUUAUAAUAAAAUAAAAUCAAAAUUAAAUAGUAUAGUACCGUUGCAAGCUAUAAUUGGAAUGUGAGUGCCGGGUACCCUUGAGUUCUACGGAUCUCGUUGGAUUCUGCCUCCCACUGAGGCGCAACAGUUGUUUCGGAAUAAGAAUCUGUAUGGAAAUGAUAUCAGUGUGUGUUUUCAAAGAGUUAAACAAUAAGUUGGAUUUGUUAUUGGAAAGUACAAACACACAGCAGCACUACUCCCAUAGACACACACUCGAUGCGGCCGAGCCAACAAAUCCCCGACAAAUCUUAAACCAGUUUUAAGAUACAUAUUCUUGGUGUCAGUGUGUGCAUGUUGAUUUUUUCUGGCAUUGUUUUCGUUUUUAUAUUUCGUGCUGCUGGCUCUGCAUCUUUUUUGUGUACCCUUUUCGCUUGCCUCUGCCUCUAAUCGCGUUUCCAUUUUCUGGCCGCCGUCCAGAUCCGAGGUCUUGGUUUUGGUUUGGGUUUGGGUUCGUGGUCCGGCCGAGCAACAAGUACCCUGCCUAGUACCUAUACCUAUACCUAUAUCUAUACCCUUACCCAUACCCAUACCAAGUGCCAGCCCGCGUCUCGCUCCGUCUCCCACCUGAAAACCCGAAAAACACGGAAAGAAACGAGCUUAGAUUCUAACGAGAUCAGCACGCCAGUUGGUAACUCUGCCCCAAUUGGUCCAAUUUGACUGCUGUGUACGAGGCACCAUUAAAACUCCGGCGUAGAAUCGCACAAAUAAUUCCAAAAGACCACCAACAAAAGAGCUUCGAACAAUGUAACGACAACUUAAACGAUCUAAACACAAUCGAAAGGCGGAAAAUCAUCGUAUUGCCCAAAAAUAAAAUUGAACAGACCUCAGAAACCACUCCAGCGAAAUCAGCAGCAGCAUGUCUCACGGCUUGAUGUCGUGUGUGAGGGAAAACUCGCCGCCGCUGGAAUCGGAGUUGGAUGCCAGUGCGGGGGGACUAUUGUCAUUGCCGGAGACCCACACCCACGCCCACGGCCACGCAGUCACCUCAACGCCCAUCUCCAGUCCAGGAAACGAUGCCCACCAGUCCCCGACCGCCGAUCAACAAAACCAGCAACAGAAGCGUCGCCGAUUCCACCCGCUCCGCAACUUGCGUCGCAUUUUCCGGCGUCGCACCAUCAACAGCUCCGCGGAAAGUCCUGCGGCCUGUCAGUCGCCGGGACCCGGAUCCUGCAACACUUUGCCACCACCCGCCAGUAGCAGCAGUGAGAAGAACCUUCGCAGUGGGAUAGCCCUGCCGCCAGGAUCGCCUCUGAAUCCGCAACAGCUUACGGAGAGCUACCAGACCCAAUCGCUGCCCAAGUCAAAGUCCUACGGCUCCCAUCGCGAUGAACUGCUGAGCGUGCUCCUUGGCAAGAAGCGGGCCAGUAAACAGGACCACAGCCAGGUCGCUGGUCACUCCCAGCCCCAGUCCCAGUCGCAGUCCCAGUCGCAAUCUGAACAGGAAGUCAUGUUCCAGGCCCAGCGACAGCAUGGGGGCGUGGCCGUCUUCCCCGACGCCCUCGGUUUGAGCCGGAGCAGCUAUUUUGCGGAGCAUAGAAUCCAACAGCGUCAUAUGCGCAGCGUGGGCGACUCCUCACAGGAGCUGGAAUCCGGUUCCGGUUCGGGAUCAGGAUCGGGAUCGGCAUCGGGACCCAGUGGUGCCGCAGACAUUUCCGACAGCCAGCGCAGCCUCAGCGAGGGUCGUCUCCUGGAUGUGGACGGGGAUUACUCCCGAGACACCUUAUCCCAGUCCCAUGAUAGCGUCUUCUCCGAAUCAGCAACUGCCAGCAGUCUGUCCAUAGUACUCAAGCCUCGUCUGCGCUGUGAGGUCCGCCAAAUGAUCGACUUCAAGCAGAAUCCCUUCAAGAUGAAGUUGGGUGGCUCUUCCAUGGGGGAGAGUCGCCUGGGACGCAGCUGCCUGCGGGCUCGCUUUGUGUUCCGCUGGAAGAGCUGGGCGGAACUCACGGAUGUCCUGCGCAAGCGACGCAAUCGACCCGAUGCCUCCGACGAGGAUUUGGGUCUGCCCCGCAGUCCGGCAUCGCCACAACGCCGGGCAGCGGGUGGCACAAGCAGCAGCAGGAACACCUCCGGUGGGGGUCACCAGUCGCGCGGUCACCAGAGCGAGGUGUCCUCGCUCAGCCUGUUAAGUGUUAACAGUGCCGAGGCCGAAACGGAGGACAGCCAGAGCUCCCACCACCAGCAGCAACACCAGCGUCACCACUCGCGGGUGUCCACCAGUUCGUCCAUCUCGGUGGGCUCGGAUAUACUGCGAUCCCAUGCCGAGGACGAUGUGGAUGCCGUGGGCGGGGAACGCCAUCGCCUGUCGCAUGCGGCGGCCAAGCACAAGAUGGCCAUCAGGCCGGCCAAGAAGAAGGGUCCCACCAGGCAGCAUCGCAUGACCUUGGAGACCUCCAUUCCGGAGGCCAACGAAGAUGUCCUCAAGAUGAGUCCCGGACUGAGAGCUGUCCAUGAAGCAGACCUCAAGAGCAAGACGCGUUCGUUGCCACCGAAAACUCUGACUGCCAUUGCGCCCCCGGUCCAGGUGAUCGCCGCCAGCUCGGUGACCACCAAGCGAACCAAGACAAUCGAGCAGAGCUCCACUAUCACCACGGUGAUGAGCAAGAGCUCAGCCUCCGCCACAUCACAGAUGUUCGGACUUAAGAGUCCGACUCACAAAAGCAACACAUUGCUGGAGAAUCGCGGCGAGUCCUCCACGGACGGGGAUGACUUCCUGGCCAACGAGAGGGAACGGGAGAGCGAGAGUGGCUUCCUGCGGCGCCUCAUCCACCGCAACUCGAAGAGAUCCAUAGCCAGGGCCAACGAUGGCGUGGAGGACACGGACUCCAGCCAGAGCGUGGCCAAGAAGCUGCAGAUCUCGACCUCCUGCCUGGAGGCAGCUGCCCGGGAGUCGCUCCACGUGCCGGACAAGGCGCGCAGUGCCACCUCCCACGAGCAGCACGUCCAGGAGACGCGCCAGACGAUCAAGCGGGAGAUUCACCACGAGGGCAAGCACGGCCUGAACGCCAUGGUCAGCAACUACGGUGUCCAUCCGCAACCGCCCACAGCACUGAAGCCCAAAUCGGGCCCAGCUGCCAGGCAGCGUUACCUGCCCAAGGAACUGGGUGCUGCUCCGCCAGAGAAGACGAACGAUGUGACCAACCUGCUGUCAAAGAGCUCGCGGGGCAACGACACCUUUCAGUCCACCACUUUGGUGCGCGAGCAGCAGACCAAAGUGGAGAGCUCCACGCACUUCGAGCGCAAGCCGCGGAUUGUGGGCCUCAGUGCCUUCCAGCAGAAGCUGUCGCGCUCCAGCGACUCAGUGGGCCAGCACUCCAGCUCCUCCAACUCGUUGGAGACCAGCACGGACGAGCCCUCGCCACUGUACUACGAGGAGAAGCAGCGCAAGACGGUGGAGAAGUCGCGCAGCUUCCGCAACUACGAGGACGAGGCUGUGGACUCAGCGGCCGUGCACAACAACAUGCCGAGUCUGCCGGACCUGUCGCUCAGUUUCCGGCUGCCCGCCCACUACAAGCCCGGCACGCCCCAAUCGCCCUGUUCCCCCAUGUCGCCCAGUGCCAAGUGUGUGUCGCUGGGCUUCGAGAUCAACGACAACAAGCUGCUCCAGGCCCGAGCCGAAUCCGCGGGUCAGUUGCCCUCGGUGGCGAGGAGCUCGCCGCAAAAGCCCACCACCACAAAGCUAAUUGUGAGCAGUCCGGGAGCGGCGAAUAUCUCGCAGAUCGAGCAGAACAUAGACCUGAUAGUGAAGUCCCCGAUGGUGAACAUUCUGCGGAAGUCCGGCCAUGUGACGGAGAAGCUGCCCAAGGAGCCGUCCACUCCGCCCAAGCAGCGACCCAAGUUGCUGGAUCUGGGAGCCAAGGUGGCAGCUCCAGCGGCGCACGCAAGUCCCAGUCCGGCCAGCCCAUUGACCAAGAGUGCCAAGCUCUCCAGCAGUCCGCCUACCACUCCGGCCAAGGGCCAGAGCUCCGCCAGCGGCAGUCGCCGCAACUCCAGCAAUGUGGAGGCCACUGGCGAGCCGGAGUUCAUGAAGAUCCAGCUGAAUCGCGUGGACCAGGCGCGUCUGCACAACAAGACCAAUCACUUGGUGCUGGCCAAGAACCUGAAGUCGCCCAGCGAGCGAAGUCAGAGCAGCGAUGACCUCAGCUUCCGGCGGAACAGCGGCGAGAAUCUGGCGGGAAUUGAGAUUGUGGAGCAUCCGCAGCAGAAGCCUCCGAGUCCGGUGGUCAGGCCGACGAUCCUGGAGCCCAGUUUGAGCAGGCAGUUGCGAUCCGUGAGUGCCAAUAGUGUGAGGACGAGUUACGGCAGCAGCAGCGAAGGAUUGGCCACACCGGGAUUGGUCACACCGGCCACCACUCCGAGUACGCCCAAAAGCAAUGGCUUCGCCAAGGGUGUGCCCAGGGACGUUAAGGAGCACAGGGAGCAGCCCAGUCCCAGGGACUCCGGGAAGAGCAAUCGCCUUUCGCUGGAGGAUCGCAAGCGGUUGUUCCUCAGCGAGGAGCGUUCGAAGGUGGCGGAGCAGCGCAGGAAGUCGGUUACAAAGGCGGAUAGCUCUGCGCCACCCACUCCCACGGUGACGCCAGCCACACCCGCCAUUCCCCCCACUCCGGCCACGCCCACCACCGCGACCGAACUGGUCGAGGUCAAUGGCAACACCUCGCCCACCUCCAACCCCGUGGUGCUGCGCAAGAAAUCCUUUGCCAGCUGCAAUGGCAACCCAAGUCCCUCCAAGGACGAUCCCACGCCGGAGCUGAUGAAGGUCUUUGCCCGCCGUUCGCUGAAGGUCAAGGACGACGAUGUGGUGACCCUGGCACAGGUUCAAGGCUCCGCUCCCGCUCCAGUGACCACGGCCAAGAAGCUGCCGUCCAGCGGAGGCGGAGGUCAGAGCGUGGACAGCGACAAGGAGAACCAGUCGAACAGCGAGGAGAAGCUGGACAAGCUGGCGCCCAAAAGCGAGGCGCAGGUCAGCCAUCAUCCCAGCGGCAAUCGCAAUUCGGUGGCAGACUUCCGCAAUCUCAACAAUAACAUCAACAACAACAACAACAAUCAGCAGCAGCAGCAGCAGCAUCAGCACCAGAAGGUGCCGCCCAAGGUGGUCACCUAUCUGCCGCCCAUCAAGGUCAGCAAUCAAGGACGCAAUAGCCUGAACAACAACAUCAGCAACAACAAUGGCAGUGUAAGGCCCGCUGGCGAAAGGUUCUCGCUGCAACUGAAGCAGUUCAACCCGGCAGCAACUACUCCAACGUCUCCGGUGGCAGCAGCAGCAGCAACAACCAUUGCAGCAACGUGUGCAGCGGCAACAGCGGCAACAGCAGCAACAGCACCCAACAAACCCAUCGAGCGAUCAGCCACGGUUGGCGAGUUCAAGGGAAUCCACCAGAGACGCGCCGAGUGGGAGCAGCGGGCCAAGGAGGCGCUGAAAUAGAGGAUGGAGGAAUGGACCAGACUGUACCUAGCCUAGCUGCAAUCCAAGUGCUUUUGUCUAGUGAUGCGCUCUCCUUCAAGCGAACCCAUCCGAUUGGAAGGCAACAAAAUUACUAAGGGAAUUAUCAAAUUAUCAUUAUACAAUACACAUUAGCUAAAAACCUGUAAAGAAUCGCAAAAGAAAUCUAAGUUGAGGGUGCCGGACAAGGCGAGGUCAUCCAAAGACAAUAGCGGCCUGCUCGGUUCCGGCUCCCAAAACACUGUAGGCAAUAACUAUAUAACGAUCUUCAAAAAGUGACUAGCGUAUACUUAUUUUUAGACUAUCUGCGUAUCAUUUACAUAUUGAAAAUUAAGCUUCGUUUCGAAUUCGUUCUAUUGCAUGUCGAGAAAUGUUAUAAAAUAAACAAAGAAUGCAACUAACUCUUAACUGACAAAAAAAAUAAAAACUGUAAGGACUGUGAGUAUAAUUACGAGAAGCAAGGAGCCUGAUAUUCGAAGCAUCUGAUUUACGUUAAGUUGAUAUUUUGCAAGCUUUUAAUCGGUAGAAGAGAAUGAUUUUACUAACUAGGCUUAACUAUUAUUACUUUUUAGCAUCGUACCAAUUGUUUCAACAACUUUUUUAUUGCAUAAUCUAUGAUGUCUGCUGAGAUUACAGAUCCACGAAUUCAUAUUCAUACCCAAGUGUAUUUAAAACAUUGCGAUUGUACAAUUGUUGUUAAAGAGACAAGUUUGUAAAUGUACAUAAAACAAUAAACUAAUAAAUAUCCGAGUAAA